UUGCUUCCCCGUAAUAGCAUUACCCGGAAAAAAAACAAAGUUGCGGAGGCGUGGAGAAUCUUGCGUGAAACCGCUCAAAAUUUGGCAUCAAAUCAACAUUUGACCAGGAGAAAUAUCUUGUUACACAUAUUCAUUACAAGCUACCAACAUGCCUAGGAUCGACAACGACAUUAAAUUGGACUUUAAAGAUGUCUUGGUUCGUCCAAAGAGAAGUACUCUCAAAUCAAGGUCUGAGAACCGAGUUAGUUAUGCUACAGCAAGUUCUUCAACAACAUCUUUUACGGUUGACCUCAUGCGGUCAUAUAACUUCAGAAACUCCAAACAGGAGUAUACUGGGAUACCAGUUAUGGCCGCUAACAUGGAUACAGUAGGCACAUUUGAAAUGGCAAAAACACUUGGAAGUUUUUGUGUGUUUACAUGUAUACAUAAACAUUACUCUAUAGCAGCCUGGAAAGAAUUUGCAGUAAACAAUCCUGAUGUACUAAAGUAUGUAGCAGCCAGUACGGGGACAGGAAAAGCUGACUUGGAGAAACUAAAACAAAUCAUUGAAGCUGUCCCAGGAAUAAAGUACAUUUGUGUAGAUGUUGCUAAUGGUUACUCUGAACAUUUUGUACAGUUUGUUAGAGAUGUCAGGAAAGAGUUCCCUACUCAUACUAUUAUGGCAGGAAAUGUAGUUACUGGUGAGAUGGUUGAAGAAUUAAUUUUGUCUGGUGCUGACAUAAUAAAGGUUGGCAUUGGUCCGGGUAGUGUGUGUACGACAAGGAAGAAGACUGGUGUUGGCUACCCACAGUUAAGUGCUGUGAUAGAGUGUGCUGAUGCUGCUCAUGGGCUAGGAGGACAUAUCAUAUCAGAUGGAGGUUGUACCUGUCCAGGUGAUGUAGCCAAGGCGUUUGGAGCUGGAGCGGAUUAUGUAAUGUUGGGAGGAAUGUUGGCAGGCCAUACAGAGUCUGGUGGAGAGAUGAUAGAACAGAAUGGAAAGAAGUUCAAGUUGUUUUAUGGAAUGAGUUCUGCUACAGCAAUGAAAAAACAUGCUGGAGGUGUAGCUGAAUAUAGGGCUUCUGAGGGAAAGACUGUUCAGAUAGAAUACAGAGGCGACGUGGAGACCACUAUACAAGAUGUACUUGGAGGUAUCAGAUCUACAUGUACUUAUGUUGGUGCUGGGAAGUUGAAGGAACUCAGUCGUAGGACAACAUUUAUACGAGUCACACAACAGUUAAAUGAAGUCUAUGCUGCUAAUACCAAAGAACAUUGAUCAUUUCUUAUGCUUACUCCAUUCCAGUUACCAGAAAUCCAAAUGCUUUCUGCCAAAAAUGUCUCUGAUCCCGGUUCUUUUUUAUUAAGUCUGGUGAAUCUCAUUUAUCAAUAACAUCUUUGUACUUUGUGAUUUAUAAUCAAAAUUCUGUUUUGAUUUUUUGGGAAAAUUCAGAUCAAAUUGAUACUGGGUGUUAUUUU